CCAGCCUCCAACGUUCCCUCUACUUUCCGUUAGUUUCUGUUUGAAGUUUUCCAUUUCAAUCUCAAUAAAACCCAAAAUCAUUUCCAGCAUCUUUUCUUCUCCAAUCGUCAGCCCAAAACCUUUUUUUUUGGACUAAUCGUCAGCCCAAAACUAUCAAACCAAUUUUCAAACUUUAGCUAUUCCCCUGAAUUUAACAUCUCAAAACACCAAUUUAUGGGUCAGAUCUUUCUUUUCUUUGCAACUGGUUCAAGGGUACUCAGAAAAGAGGAUCGUAUUUCCCUAAGGCUUGUUAUGUUUUGGAAAGGGCUUUUGAAAUUCAUUACGGCUUGGGUGGAUAGCAGUGAUUUCAGGAUUGGUGUCAAGGUUUGGAAACCCACUAGUUCUAGCUGUUGGACUGGAUGGCAAUGCUUGAAGGAUUUAAAGUCUAUGCAGGUGUUAGGGUCUAGAAGCUGGUUUGGUGGAGCAGGUUCGGUGUUACCAAUUAAUGACAAUGAGGAUUCAAGGAUUGGUAGUGUGCUAGCAGGUGGUGACAUGGAGCUUGCUGAUGGCCUUACCAAGGCUCUGCCCACUGCUCCAUUUUCCAGUUUGCCUUCCAAGAUUGGUGUUGCUGAUGGCACCUCCAUCUUGCGGGGGCGUGUUAAGGCAACUGUAUAUCAAGCUUCUUCCGCGUGAUCAGUAAUCAACGACAGCAUGAUUCUGGGAUUCAUUGAAUCUGUAAUUUAUAUGUUUAUUAUACUGUAUCAUAUAUAUUGUUUCCAUAUCAGCUAGGAUUCUGCGUUGAUGCUUCUGUAUAUAUAUUAUUCACAAGACAGCAAUAACAUAUUACAGUUUGU